AUGUGGCCAGGAAUCUUAACCCUGCCUUUCCUCUCCUUUGCAGAGCUGAUUGCCAGAAAGCACUUGGUUGUUCUGCUUCAAGAUGAAAUCUUUGCUGACUUUUUCAACACAUUCCUGAAUCUUCCUGUGUUUGGUCAGACACCCAUUUUAAUGUUCAAGACCCGUCAGUGGUACCUUUGGCCAGAAUUACCAUGCAACCAUGUAUCAAAGCCCAAAGGCUUACUGACUUGGAUGGAGAAACAUCGGCUGCCUUACUUUUGCAAAACCAACCUGUGCCUUCACUACAUCCUCUGCAAGGAGCUUAUCAGUUUCAUCCGGUCCCCAGAGGCAGCGGACAUGCUGAGAUGGGGAAAGGCUGACCAGUGGCUCCUGGAGAAGUGCAUCGGUGGUAGCAGAGGGAUGUGGCGCUUCCGUUCUUUCAUGCAAGGAAUGGCAGGGGAAGAACUGACCAAAUUCUGGCUAGCUGCAGAAAGGAUACUGGGUAUUGAUGAAAUGGAUGAAUCCCAGCAAGAUCUCUACAUGUCGCUGUUCCAGGUGCUGAUGGCCACUCACUUGCAGGAGGGCUCCGUCGUUGUCACCCUCUGUAACACAACCAUUGAAACGCUUUUGCGGAUGUCUCCCUGUCACUUCAAUCAAAUCCACACUCGAAGGGAAGUCCUGAGCGAGAUGCAGAAAGUGGCCCUGUUCAAGAUCGAAAGUUACUGGCUUCCCAACUUCUACAUCCACUGCAAGCUGAGCAUGGAGCAAGAACCGAAAUGCUCCCACCUGCUCAAAGAGUAUAAGGAGCAGCUAAGCCGGAUCACGUUCCCGAGGCCUUUCCUGUUUUCUCAGCCGACAAUGAGCAUCCGAGAAAGCAGCGCCACGUCGAGGUCCUACUCAAGCUUGAAAAGCAAGAAGGACAUUUGGGACCGUGUCACGGGCAAAGGGCCUUUUGGGAGAAGAGAGAAACGUAAAAAAGAGAGCCGUGGACGCCACGGGAAGUCCCCGUCGUCUAAGAGCAGCCCAACAGACAGGAAGCAUUAUGUUUCUGAAAAACAGUCCCCCAGUGCAAGCCCAUGGCCAGUGGAUUAUGUCAACAAAGAAAACAGAGAGGACCAUUCCAAUGAAUCGCAGGACUUUAAAAACGUCCCGACUGAGCCACGUUCCACUCCCGGGCUGGACGGAUUCAGCGAGAGGGCCAGCGUCACGAAACUCCGUGCUUCCACCCCUGUGGUCAAAUUCCCCUCCAUGCUGGCUUUAAAAACUAUAGUGAAGUCACCCUUGUCUUUAGACUUCCUUCCUUGGGUGCUCAACGCCGACAAAUGCGCAGGGUGCCCCUUCCGGGAAUUCUUGUGCAGUAGGAAUUAUGCAGUAGAGGUGUACCUCCUAGACCUCUGGCACGACCUGGAAGACUUUCUGCGCAUGAUGAUGUGCUCCCUGGGGGAAGGCAACGUCCUCUUGCGCCACGUGAUGGGCGAGAGGAUCUGUGAGCUGUACCUGACCCAGAACAGCAACUGGCAACUCCCUUUGAAGCUGACGACUCUCCGGGGCUUGCAGAGUCUCCUUCCUUCGGGAAAUGUUAUCCCCUGGGUGCUGAAGGCACAGAAGGAAAUCUGUAAGAUUCUGUACUUCCUCUAUGAAGAAUUCCUGCAGAAUGAUGACAAGAUGUUCCUGUUCUAUGUGCGUGGCAAGGAGAAGACCGUGACCAAGACAGAGCCUUAUGAAAAAGGCGAGCAACUUCGACUCACCCGGAGAACCAUUGAGUCCAUGCACCUGAGCCAAGCGUUGGCUGGGAUGAGAGACUUCGACCUGCUGUCUGGAGAACACUGGCAGCUACUGGGCUCUCAGAACCUAGGAAUGGGAGGCUCUGUCUUUAUGGAGUUGGAUCCUGUUGUAUACAGGAUAGAUUAUUUUGGCAUGAAAAUUGACGAACUGGCCACAGUCAACCCUAAGAUGGCCGUGGAAAUGCUAAGUAAGAACUUCAGGGAAUUCUGUGAGAAGUAUCCAUCAGCUGGCAUUUUCACUCGGCCCACGAUCCCGAAAAGAAGCUUACACUGGACCAGGUCAAGUUUGUCCUUCAUGAGGAAGGGACCUCUCAUGAGAAAACCCCUGAUAAGGCCCAGAGAGGUGAUCGACAUUCUUCAGAACCCUGUACAUCUAGAUUACUUCAGGCAUUUCCUCAAGCUGCAUAACGCCGAAACCCCACUCCUGUUCUGGAUGGCGGUGGAAGAUAUAAUUAAAGAGACUGAUCCCAAAGUGCAGCGAGGUUUGAUCAAUGAAGUGGUCAGGAAUUUCUUCUACCACAGCAUUCCUCCAGAAAAGCUACUGCAGUGCGAAGAUAAAAUCAUCCGAGAGAUACAGAAGUCCCCUAAUGUUACUCUCGACAUGUUGAUCACAGCGCAGCAGUGCGUCAUGAAGUGCCUGGAAGAGCAAUGGUUUAAAUUGUACCAAGGCCUGUAUCCUGAGACCGAGAUUACACCGAUUACACAAGGCCCCAGGGGAAGGAGAGGCUCCUGCGUAAAAGACAAGCUAAAAAGGGUCUGGAACUUGUUUGGCGCCCUUGUCAAGAGUAUAUGCAGGUUCCGGAAGGCAAUGAGUUACCCAGCACAGCGCAGAUCCUUCGAAGAGUUCCUCCACCAUGAACUAAAAAACACCAAGGAAAAUUUGUCUCCCCAGCCAGUGUCUCAGCAGCAACGAUUAAGCGUUGCUGGAGCCGGUGGCCGUAUCGGUGGAACUUCUGGCAGCGCCACACCAGAAGAGAGUGAUGUGGUACAAGUGAAACGCAAGAUAUUUUCCGGCCGCAUCAUCUCCGUUAAUUUCCUCCCCAACGAUCUCUCCUUUUACCUGGAGAUAGAGAAGUUUUUCCACCUGGCCGAUUCAGUGGUCGUGUUGGCUUCCAUUGGGUUGUACACAGAGAAAGAUGUUGCCUUUCUGAGAUCAAAAGCGGUUACCAUCAGCAGAGUCUUCCUGAAUUCGGAUAUCCCACCUAAACUGAGGGUCAACAUUACAGAAGCACAGAACAAUCAAAUCCGGAGUAUGAUGGCUGAAGGUGUGUUGAACAGGAGCCUCUAUCAUAGUGCCAUGAUCUCUAUAUUGCCAGUUUUAUUACACUUCUGGAAGAGGUAUCGCCAUUGGAAGGUAAUGAAGGGUUUCAAAAAACCCAGGACAGAGGAAAUGGUGUCCACGUCUCCAUCGUCUCCCAUUAAGCCGGCUCAUAGGAAGUCUAGCCAUUUCAGCGGAGAGGACCAUCCAAUCAUCAGGUUUACUAUACUCAAAGGAAUCCAGCUGUUGCUACCUCAGCCAAAGGAUGAAGCAGAAACCCUUGGAGAGAAGUGUAAGUUAUGGCCCUAUAGAAAAGCAGAGGCUGACAAAUGGAGACGGUCAAGGGAACCUAAGUGUCCAAACACAAAAGCCACACAGCACGUUGUGACGAGGCUUGUUAAGUACCUGGAGGGGUCCUCAACCUUUUCGAGCCUGAGCUUUAAGCCAGGAAAAAGUAGUAGUGCCAGGAAUAAAGCACAAGCUUCAGUUGGGAGCUUCAACACGGUAAAACCGUCCACUUCUGUCCUCUCGGUUGCCCCGCUGAACAGGGAUUCGCUCUAG